CACGCCCCUCCCCCGCGCCGCUCUCAGUGCCAGGCGGGAGGCGACAGCGGUUGGAGGCUUCGUCGGGAUUUGCAGCGGGGACUUUGGCGGCGGCGCCUGAGGCACCUCGGCCCUGACACAAUGAGGCGAGUGGUACGACAGAGCAAGUUUCGGCAUGUAUUUGGACAAGCGGUGAAAAAUGACCAGUGUUAUGAUGACAUCCGGGUUUCUCGAGUGACCUGGGACAGUUCCUUUUGUGCUGUCAAUCCCAGAUUUGUUGCCAUAAUCAUAGAAGCGAGUGGGGGAGGCGCGUUCCUGGUGCUCCCUUUGCACAAGACUGGUCGAAUUGACAAAUCCUACCCUACAGUAUGUGGCCACACAGGACCAGUGCUUGACAUAGAUUGGUGCCCACACAACGACCAGGUCAUUGCCAGUGGUUCCGAGGACUGCACGGUUAUGGUGUGGCAGAUUCCAGAAAAUGGGCUCACCCUUUCCCUGACCGAACCUGUGGUGAUUUUAGAAGGCCACUCAAAGAGAGUGGGCAUUGUGGCCUGGCACCCGACCGCCCGCAAUGUGCUUCUUAGCGCAGGCUGUGAUAACGCCAUCAUCAUCUGGAAUGUGGGGACCGGGGAGGCCCUGAUAAACCUGGACGACAUGCAUUCGGACAUGAUUUACAAUGUGAGCUGGAACCGGAAUGGCAGUCUGAUCUGCACGGCUUCCAAAGACAAGAAAGUGAGGGUAAUCGAUCCUAGGAAACAGGAAAUUGUUGCUGAAAAGGAGAAAGCACACGAGGGCGCGCGGCCCAUGAGAGCCAUCUUUCUGGCUGACGGCAACGUCUUCACCACCGGUUUCAGCCGCAUGAGCGAGCGGCAGCUGGCUCUCUGGAACCCGAAAAACAUGCAGGAACCGAUUGCUCUUCAUGAAAUGGACACUAGCAAUGGGGUGUUGCUACCUUUCUAUGACCCCGACACCAGUAUCAUUUACCUGUGUGGAAAGGGUGACAGCAGCAUCCGCUAUUUCGAGAUCACGGAUGAAUCCCCCUAUGUCCACUACCUCAACACAUUCAGCAGCAAGGAGCCUCAGAGAGGGAUGGGUUACAUGCCCAAGAGGGGGCUUGAUGUCAACAAAUGUGAGAUUGCCAGAUUCUUCAAACUUCAUGAGAGAAAGUGUGAGCCUAUUAUCAUGACUGUUCCCAGAAAGUCGGACCUUUUCCAGGACGACCUGUACCCAGACACUGCAGGGCCCGAAGCCGCUCUGGAGGCAGAGGAAUGGUUCGAGGGGAAGAACGCAGACCCAAUCCUUAUCUCCUUGAAGCAUGGAUACAUUCCAGGCAAAAACAGGGACCUCAAGGUGGUCAAGAAGAACAUUCUGGAUAGCAAGCCCACUGCAAACAAGAAGUGUGACCUGAUCACUGUCUCCAAGAAAACCACAGACACGACCAGUGUGCAAAAUGAAGCCAAGCUGGACGAGAUUUUAAAAGAGAUCAAAUCUAUAAAAGACACAAUCUGCAAUCAAGAUGAGCGUAUUUCCAAGUUAGAAGAGCAGAUGGCAAAGAUAGCUGCCUGAAGGUCAACCCCCACCCCCCAGAACGGGAGCAAGAACUUGUGCUUGGUAGCUGGUCGUUGGUGUGGUCCCAGGGAGGGCGCGAGGGGGGCUCUGCCGUUUGGAGACAUUCAUUUCCGGUUUGUCAGCCAGCGAUGGGCCGCAUUCCAGUAAGAACUCAAUUCGUCUCCCAAAUUUGCAGAAACAAAAUGUGAUUUAAAAGCUGGGCUUUUUAUCAGAAAGCUUUUUUGAUGUUUUAAGUGUUUAUGUGACUUGUUGAACUUUUAAAAGACAAAAGUGCUACUUUUAAAAUCCAAGAUACUCUGAAUUUUAGAAACCCAACCAAUUCUGAUUCAGUGUCGUGCCCAAGUACCUUUUUUUAACAAAUAGGGACCAAUGCCACAUUGCUUUUUAUAUUUCUUUUUUUUUUAAUGUUGCCAAAACCAAAAGUAACUUUUUUUUCCUUUGUAUUUUGCUACUUUGCAGUAUUUGUGUGUGGUUUUUUUUCCUUAAUUUGAAAGGGACAGCACUGUGUAUGUUUAUAAACUAAAUGAAGAUAAGAUAUUAUUUUGUAUAAACACUCAUCUGAGAACAAUCAGAGCAGUAGCCACAUCGUGCUGGCUCGUCCGCAGCACAAACCUGGUCAUCUUGAUGACUGUACACAAGGAAGACUUGAAAAAUCACGUGGAUUCGUGUCACCACCCCUCUCGUUGCAUUGAGUCUUCUGAUCAGAAAUGCUCAUCCUGUCAUUUCCUUUCUCUCCCUUCUCUUUCCUAGCAGUUGGGUGGUUGUACCAGAAUGGAAUUUCGCCUCUUGGUUGCCCUGUGCUUCAGAUGAUUAUAACCUAACCUAAACUAGCAUGUGUUUCUGCCGUUUUGUUACCCACGUGGGCUCUGUCGCAGUCAUCACUCCAAACAUCGUGUUUCGGGUUUCAGUCAGUACUUGACAAGGGCGCCGGGACAGGAGGACGCCUGUACUGUGGAGUGUUCCUUCUUGCCCAUUUCAGCAGCUUACGUAGCUCUCGGGUACAUGGGGGACCACAGACUAGGGAACCGGGAAGGGAGCAUUGGCCCCUUGUGAUCUCUGCUUUCCUGCGUGUCCCAUGCUGUCCCCGUGUUGUGCUGGAGGAAGAAGUGCUCUCGUGCGCGCCACCAGAGCGCCUGCCCUGCCCUCUUCCUCAUGUAGGCAGCCACCUCUCUCAGGGCUCCCCCCACCAUUCCCCUCUCCAUCCUGCCUUUCAGCCCUGACUGCAUUCCGCUAAGUGAGGCCAGGGGGUGCUACUGAAUACUGAGACUUAGGAGAAUGGUCUAGAAUGGAGCAAGACCAGGAACGCAGAUCUCUGCUGUAGCUUUUAUGUGCACAAGUGUGUCCCUCUGCACCCUCCACACAAACUAACCCGCUCUACCCCUCCUGCGUGCAGCCAGGCUAUGUCAAAGCACAGAGGCUCCCCCAACUCGGGGAGGCCAGAGGCUGAGCUCUGAUCACCUGCCCAUCCCAGGGUUAGCUAGAACUUCUCUCCGCUUCCAAUUUUUCAUACUGCAUGUUUGAGAAACAAGAUCUAAGGAGCCUCUGUUUUGCAAGGAGUGAGUGUCUGUGAUUGAACAUGAAACGUAUAGUGCCAUUGGGACCACGACGGGAACUCGCUUGCAUACGUUCCUGCUGGUGUGGGGACAGGACUGGCCGGAUGCGUCUGAAUGCAGGGAACCAGGAUGGAGGUAGGGUGCGCACGGGGAUUGGCAUGCACAGCCACACUGGGAGUGACGUCUGCCUAGAAGAGGUGCCGUGUUCUUAACCGAGGUUGGAAUCGCCGUCUCCGUGACUUCAGGGCAUCUGAAUGUUCGGUGUGGUUUUGUGUGUGUGUGUGUGUGUAUUUUAAUAUUGAUGUGGAUGAUGAGAUGUAAAGAAAACAGUAAUUACAGUGACUUGUACAUGUUUCUUUACCAAUAUAAUCUGCUGAGGGCCUUUGUUUUUAAGAUUCAGAAAUGUUUUAAGGUUCCGAUGUCAAACGAAUUAAGUGAACAAAAUUGUUGCUGAUGCUGGUGAAAUGCCACAGGGACUGCGGUUCAGAGCGAAGAGGGAGGCAAGGAAAAGCUGUCCUGGCCUUAGUGUGUGGCUUGUGACUUGUCUCAGGAGCGACGCCCAGCCGGGCUCAGAGUCGGCGCCCGCAGCACUGUGGUGUAUUUUUCCUGUUGUGUCUUUUUUUUUUUAAGCCGUGCUAUCCCAGAGAAGAACCAGUGAAUUACUCCUAGAUCGGCUCUUAUAGAGCGGCCAUAGUAUUCUGUCAAAACACUUGCUUCCAUUUUCAAAGAUUAAAAAAAAAAAAUCAUUG